AUGUCUUCAUCAGCAGCAAACCUACAAACGUAUCAAAUUCCACUGGAAGAUAUUCGUCAGGCCACAAACAAUUUCGAUUCAAAAUAUCAGAUAGGAGAUGGUGGUUAUGGUAUUGUUUACAUAGGACAACUCACGAUAUGGUCAGAGGAGCUCAGUGUAGCCAUCAAACGCCUUAAUAAAGAUGGUCAUCAAGGAAGCGACGAGUUCUACAAAGAACUUGAAAUGGUUCCCACUUUCAAUCAUCCCAACAUAAUCUCUUUCAUCGGUUACUGUGAAGAGGCAGGAGAAAUGAUUAUAGUUUAUGAAUACGCUGCCAAUGGAAGUCUCGAUAGACACAUCCAAAUAACGUCUAAAAGGCGCCACUUAUCAUGGGGACAACGGCUAAAGAUUUGCUUAGGAGCAGCAAAAGGACUCGACUACCUUCAUUCCGCCAUUGACGAUGAUAGAAGAGUAAUUCAUAGAGACGUCAAGAGUGGGAAUAUACUAUUAGAUGACAAUUUGGAAGCAAAAAUUUCUGAUUUUGGUUUAUCAAGAUAUGGUCCAGUAAAUCAAAAAGAAACGAAACUCGUUACACCAGCUGCAGGUACAAACUAUUACAUCGAUCCAGUUUAUGCUCAAAGAGGUAGGCUCUCGAAAGAGUCUGACGUGUACUCAUUUGGAGUUGUGCUAUUUGAAAUGUCGAGUGGGAUGCUAUGUUAUAAUCGAAAGCGUUUUGGAAAUGCUAAGGAACAAUAUCUACUGGACCUAGUUAGAUGUUACUAUGAUGAGCAAGAAGAUGAUGGGCUUAACAAGUUAAUUGAUCCUAUUAUAAAAGGGCAUAUUGAUAUGGCGUCUUUUCAUAUGUUUAACGAAAUAGCACAUGAGUGCAUUAACCUUGACGUAACAAAACGUCCCACGAUGAAAAGGAUAAUCGACAGGAUACAGGAAGCAUUGAAUAUUCAAAGCCCCCAAUAUCGAACAACUUCUUCAGAGUUACACCCGAAAAAUUAUCUAAUUCCCCUCCAUGAAAUCCACCUUGCCACCGAUGACUUUAGUCCAAACAGACUUAUUGGGAGUGGUGGAUUUAGUGUUGUCUACAAAGGCCAACUCUCUGAACCCUGGCAUAACCACACUGCAGCCAUCAAACGCCUCAGGUUGCAAAACUGUCAAGGAAAGAAUGAGUUUCUCAAAGACUUUGAGUUAAUUGCGGGAUUCCACCAUAAAAAUAUAAUCUCUCUAAUUGGUUACUGUGAUGAAGGCAAUGAGAACAUUUUAAUAUAUGAGUAUGCUAAGUAUGGGAGCCUUGAUCAUUAUAUUCACGACACAAAUAAGAUGCGCUGCAUGACAUGGACACAACGCCUACAAAUUUGCAUUGGUGCAGCAAGAGGGCUUAAUCAUCUUCACUCGGGUCUUGGGGACCACAAGAGAGUAAUACAUGGAGACGUGAAGAGUGAUAACAUAUUGUUAGAUGGCAAUUUGGUCGCUAAAAUUUGUGAUUUUGGUUUCUCGAAAUUGCGUUAUAGAAAUCAGCAACAUACACAACUCAUUACAAACGUUGAAGGUAACCAGUUUUACUUGGAUCCUGUCUACAUGGAAAGCGGCAUCCUUGGAAAAGAAUCAGACGUGUACUCGUUUGGCGUUGUCCUGUUUGAAAUUCUCAGUGGGACGUUGGUUUAUCGUGAAUGCAGAUUUGGAGAUGAUGAGCCAGAGUUUUUGAUGAGUUUAGUUCGAAGAUACUCUGGGAAACCAGAAAGGUUAAUUGAUCCUCAUAUACGAGAACAAAUUGACAAUCGUUCUUUUGAUACGUUCAAUGAAAUAGCAUAUCAGUGCAUUAGUUUCAAGUUAAAAGAACGCCCUACGAUGGACAAGGUUGUUGAGAGGAUCGAGGAAGCACUUGAUAUUCAAAUGGAGGAGAAUGUUGCUGUUCUUUGUGAGUGUGUUGUGGUAGAAGUCGGAUUCAGUUAUGGCAAACCUGUUGCAGCUUACACCAUAUACAAAUGCCUUCUCCAUUGGAAAACUCUUGAAGAUGAAAGAACCCCAGUAUUUGAUAAACUUAUUCACAAUAUUCUUUCAGCAAUUGAGGAUGGAGAUAAUAACAAUCAAAUGGCGUAUUGGAUAUCAAAUGCAUCUACGUUGCUAUUCUUAAUCCACCAAAGUAUAAGGAAGCGACCACUUCUAAGUAGGCCAUAUGGAAGAUUUUCUAUGGGAUCUCGUUCGUCUGAUUCUUCUGGUGAAACUGAUGAGAUUGAGGAUGAAGUACAAGAAGUUGAAGCCAAAUACCCUGCUUUGCUUUUCAAGAAGAGGCUAAUAGCAUGUCUCAAUAAAAUGUAUGACGUUAUUCAUAGCAACUUGAAGAAACAGUUGGGAUCAUUACUUGCCUUAUGUAUUCAGGCUCCACCAGGAUCAGAAGGAAUGGGAAUAUCUAGAUGCUCCUUUGGUAAACACCCUCACAUCAAUCCUUGGCAAGGCAUUGUUGAUUGCCUCAACAAUCUUCUCAACACAUUGAAAGAAAAUUUUGUGCCUCAGAAAAUUGUUCAGAAGAUAUUUACUCAAACUUUUUCAUAUAUCAAUCUGAAAAUCUUCAAUAGUCUUCUUCUACGCCGGGAGAGUUGUUCCUUCAAAAAUGGGGAAUACAUGAAAUCCGGUUUAAUAGAGUUAGAGAUAUGGUGUAGUCAGGCAGAGGAUGAGUAUACAGGAUCAUCUUGGGAUGAACUAAAGCCUGUUAGAGAGGCUAUUGGGUUCUUGACAUUGACUCAAAAAGACCACAUAUCGUAUCAAGAAAUCACCAAUGAUCUAUGCCCGAUUCUAAGUCUCCAACAACUGCAUAGAAUGUGUACUCUUUAUUGGGAUGAGAAUGGAAAUACUCCACGUGUUUCACAUGAUGUCAUCUCAAUCAUGAGGAUACUGAUGACAGAAGAAUCUAGUAACUUUAGCAACAAUUCCUUUUUAAUAGAAGAUAGGUCCAGCAUGACUUUCUCUAUUGAUGACCUAACUACUUCCUUACAAGUAAAAGAUUACGCAAAUGUUAAGCCGAGUGCGGAACUUUCCAAAAAUCCAACUUUCCAGUUUUUGUACAACUAA